AUGAACUCAAACAAAGAUGGGUGUCUAAAAAUUUCAGAAAAUUUUUUCAAUCCCACGACACGUUGUUCGAUUGAUAUCCACGUACAACUACUGGUAGGGCGACUUUCACCCAAAAAAUUAAAGUGCUCGGGGGCAUUAGCUUUGACCACUUCUACUUACGCGAAUACAUCAUCACUCUCGUUGGCGACUGGACUUUCGACAAGCGAACAAACCCAUUACUAUGUCAUCUUCUGCUUCAACAAAGGAGGCACGUCACAAAGAGUUCUCUCAAAUGUUGUUUUCGAAAAUGACCUGAAUAUUGUAAACGCAUGA